AUGCCCUUCGUAACAGAGACAGUGGUACGAGAACACGUUCGAAGCACAACGUCGAAAUGAGAACAAGAGCUGAUUCAAGAAGGGAGGCGGAUGGCAUACAUGUACACUCCAACCAACCCAACCCAACAGAAACCAUUACACCCAAACUAACCAGCCUCAGACGACAUCUUCUCCCGCCUCCUCAAAGAACGAAUCGUUUGCCUCAACGGCGAAGUAGAAGAGACCCUCUCCGCCUCCAUCGUGGCCCAACUCCUCUUCCUCGAAGCCGAAAACCCUCAGAAACCGAUAAAUCUCUACAUCAACUCCCCCGGUGGAAGCGUAACCGCAGGUCUCGCAAUCUACGAUACGAUGCAAUAUAUUCAAUCACCCGUGACAACGAUCUGCUUGGGACAAGCGGCAUCAAUGGGCUCCCUGCUGCUUUGUGGAGGAGCGGCGGGGUCGAGAUACUGUUUGCCGCACAGUAGAAUCAUGGUACAUCAGGUUUCGGGAGGGUACUCGGGACAGGCAUCAGACAUCGCGAUCCACGCCAAGGAAAUUUUGAGGGUGCGAGAGCAGUUGAACAUGAUCUAUAAACGGCAUUUGACGGUGGAGAGGAGCCUGGAAGAGAUUGGGAAGGUGAUGGAGCGGGAUUUCUUCAUGGGUGCUGAGGAAGCAAAGGAGUGGGGAAUCGUGGAUAAGGUGUUGGAUCGGAGACAGCAGGCUGAAUCAAGUGCUGCAGGAAGGUGA